CCAGCGUGAGAAACCAAAGGCGUCAACCUGCAGCGGAGCCACCAUGCCCUCCAAGCUCCGCAGGGCCAUCGGCGCCGUCAAGGACCAGACGAGCAUCGGCCUCGCCAGGGUCUCCAGCCGCGCGAACGGCUCCUCCAACCUCGAAGUCGCCAUCCUCAAGGCCACCUCCCACGACGAGGUCCCCGUCGACGACCGCCACGUAACCGAGGUCCUCCUCCUCACCAAAUCCUCCCCCCUCGCCGCCGCCGCCUGCGUCCAGGCCCUCUCCCGCCGCCUCGCCCGCACCAGCACCUGGGUCGUCGCCCUCAAGUCCCUCAUCCUCGCCUUCCGCGCCCUCCGCGACGCCGGCCCCGACUUCUCCCGCGAGGCCCUCUCCGUCGCCCCCCGCCACCGCCGCCUCCUCGACCUCUCCACCUUCUGCGACGACUCCUCCUGGGACUUCACCGCCUUCGUCCGCACCUACGCCCUCUACCUCGACGCCCGCCUCGACUCCGCCCUCCUUGGCAAGCUCGGCAACCUCCAACGCCGCCGCGGCGCCUCCGCCAACCGCAUCGCCGGCAUGAAGCUCCCCCUCAUCCUCGACCGCAUCGGCCACUGGCAGCGCCUCCUCGACCGCGCCGUCGCCACCCGCCCCACCGGCCCCGCCAGGACCAACCGCCUGGUCCAGAUCUCCCUCUACGCCGUCGUCCGCGAGAGCUUCGACCUCUACCGCGACAUCUCCGACGCCCUCUCGCUGCUGCUCGACAAUUUCUUCCACCUCGAGUACCCGGCGUGCCGCGAGACGUUCCGUGCAUGCACGAAGGCUUCGAAGCAAUUCGAAGAGCUCGACUCCUUCUACAGCAUAUGCAAGAAGGUCGGCAUUGGGAGGUUGUCCGAGUACCCCAGCGUCCACAUGAUCUCAAAACCACUCCUCAAGACCUUGGAAGAAUUCCUCAAAGAUCACGAGAACUCCUCCACCACCAACGGCAAGCUAAGAAGCCCUCCCAAGUUGAGCCUUCCAGCCCCUCGCCGUCCGGAUUCAGAUGUCUGUGAUCGGAUUCCGGUGACACCGAAACCUGGCCGGCAAUCAUUCUGUUCCACAACCGGCUGGGAAUUCGUGAAUUCCGACCAAGAAUGGCCGCCAGAGGGACCUGCUCGAGCAAGCUUUGCAGACAGCAAAAACAGCAUUGGAGAGAGUUAUGGCACGCUCUCGGACCUCCUAUCAUUCGAUGAUGAACGAAGAUCAUCGGCUCCUUCGGAUUCAGAUCGAGAGAAUGGUGUUGUCUUGGAUCCAGUCUCACUCAACUACCAGCCGAAGCAAUCGACUGUUUCGAGUUCAAAUCGAAAGGAUGUCAUGGUUCGGGAUCUAGUCCCAAUCGACAACCAUUCUAAGGCAUCGACUGCUUCAAGCUCAGAUAGAGAGAAUGCAGUGGUUCUGGAUCUAGUCCCUUCCGACAACCACCGAUCGAAGGCAUCAGCCUCUCCAAAUUCAGACUCGUGGGAGCUCGUCUUAGUUGAGAGUGCAAGCAAGCUGUCGAACAAAUUGAGUAGCAAUUCAAUCAAAGAACCCAAAAAUCUGAAACUGGACAGUCUGUUGGAUACUGCAUCAGUCCGUCGGUUUCCCGUCAACUAUUACAAUCCAUUCCUUCAUGAUCUUGGAGAGAAGAAUUUAGCAAUUGUGCCAUCGCCGCGGUCAUCAUUGCCUUCGCCGCCGACAUUCCAGGCGGCGAGGCCGAAUGAGGAGUCAGCUAAGGAGGAAACAGAACCUUCCGCGCGGUCGUCGUCGCAAAUACAUUCACCAGCGUUGACUCAAACGUCGGGUGUGUCUGCCAUGCAGCGGCAGCAGCUGCUCAGCGAGCAGCAGAUGUGGAUGCAGUAUCAGAGAAAGAUCAUUGCGAAGAAUUUGGAACGAUAAUUUUGCUGUAAUCUUUGUAAAGAUUACACAGUCAUAGAAUAGAUGGUAUUUUUUUUUAUAGUAAGAUUGAAUUCAAGGAUGUAUCCAUUGUUGGUUAUUAGAAUGGUACCUACUGGUUUCAUUUGAACGCGCCGACAAGUCAUCGUAUUUUGUAACUUUAUCAGUGUUUUAGUAGGAGGGAUUUACGAUUUCAUGCAAA